AUGGAGAUGGAUACAAGCACGGCGAUUUCAGCGCCGAGCCCCAUCAUCCCGCCCGCAGAGUCGUACGUUCUGGCACCGCCCGUGGUCGAGAAUUCUACCGCAGAGUCACAACAGCAGCAGCAGGCGCCGCCUCCGCCUCAGAAGGCCGAUGACGCCGACGUAGACAUGGCGGAAGCUACUCCCUCACCCGCGGCGCCCAAGCCCGCUGCUGGCACCGUCGCCCCCGCCGUUGUCUCAGUUUCCGCCGCACCUUCUGCCGUCACUGCAGUCCCCGCCACCGCUGCCGCCGCGGCCAGCCUCGUGGCGCCGCCGCCGCCGGCUACACCUCCUCUUGCACCGAAAGUCGCCACCGGGGGGGCUGCAGCUCCGGCUUCCGUGGUCCGUCAAGGCUCGUGCGCGGAGAUGGCGAUAAGCCUCGACAGCAGCGACGAAGAUGAUGCGAUGGACGUUCCCGCCGCCGCUGCCACCGCCGCAGCCGCUGCCUCGCUGCCGGCAUGCAUCACCCCGCCGGUGGCAUCCGCCGCCCCCGCCCCCGCCGCGAAGCCCUCCUUCAGCAUCCGGCUCCCGGCUUCCGUCAGGAUGAACGCGGCGGCCUCCGCAAGGGGGGCAUCCGCAGGAAGCGCCGCCGCCGCCGCCGCCGCCGCCGCUGCCGCCGCCGCCGCUGCCGCCGGUGCUGGUGGCACCGUCGGUACGGCUUCUUUGAGCUACGCCGCGCAGGUCGCGGCGGCGAGCAGGGCCGGGGGGGGUGCUCGCGGCGUCAAGCACGAGAAGGGCAACGGCGGCGGCGGCAAGUGGUCGGGGGCUUCGCAGCAGCCGAGCCUGAAGAGGAACAAGCCCACCAACGGCGCGCGGCAGAGGGGGAGGCCGAUGGGCAGCAAGAGCCGGUCGAGCGACGAGGACCCCCCUUUCGUCGCCGCGAACCCCCCGCAGCGGGGGUCUAGCGGCGAAGACGAUUCUGCCACGAUCGCCACCUCUCGUCCGCGAAGACAUACUGAGCCGAGGAAGCGCUGGGCGGACCAAAUGAUGAACCCGGGAGAGCAGUGGGCUCGAAAGAUCCCCAAGGCCCUGAGGCCCCUCCCCACCAACCCGGUGGAAGCUUCCAUCCCCGACGCCCCCACUUUCUACCCGACUGAGGAACAGUUUCGCGAUCCCCUCACUUACAUCGAGUCGAUCCGACCAACGGCGGAGAGCUUCGGCAUCGCCAAGAUCGUCCCGCCCGUGGGGUGGGACCCGCCGCCGACGCCGCUGAGGCCUCACUCUAGGAAGCUCGUGCCCACCAAGAAGCAGGCCCUGCACAGCCUCAUGAACUCGGACGAGGUGUACGACGACGGUGCCGACUACACGGUCGUCGACUACAAGGUUAUGGCGGACAGGGUGGCCGAGAAGUGGCGAGCCCGAGACCCUCCCGCGCAGAAGCCACGGGCGGCCCCUCUGUACGAGCCAAUGGGCCCGAACGUGGAAGUCCGGCCGGGGGCGAGCAAGGAGGAGAGGGAGGCUAAGAUGGAGGAAAACGGGAAGCUUCGGUUACUGGAGAGAGAGUACUGGAACGUCGUGGAUGGAGGGGUGGAAGAGCUUGAGGUGGAGUACGCGAACGACCUCAACAUCUCGACCUUCUGGAGCGGGUUCCCCAUGCCGCCCAAAAACUUCAUGGACGGCUCCUCGUUCGACCGCACCAAGCCGUGCGAUUUCGACGACCCUGAGUACUACCGCACCUGCGGCUGGAACCUGAACAACCUGCCCUUCUGGCCGGGGUCGGUCCUCCGCUUCUUCCGGACCCACAUCAACGGUCUCACCGCUCCCUGGCUGUACCUCGGCAUGCAGUACGCGACCUUCGCGUGGCACAACGAGGACAACUACCUCUACUCCCUCAACUACCACCACUCGGGGGCCCCCAAACAAUGGUACGGGGUUCCCGGCAGCUGCUCCAAGGGUUUCGAGAAGUGCCUGGCCAAGAUCCUGGGAGAGCCGCUCGAGAACGUGGCGGAGCACCUGUACCGCAUCACCAAGAUGCUGUCCCCGGUGUACCUCCAGCAGGCGCAGGUGCCGGUGUGCCGACUGCAGCAGCACCCGGGCCAGUUCGUGGUCACCUUCCCCAAGGCGUACCACGGGGGCUUUAGCUACGGCUUCAACUGCGGAGAGGCGGUCAACUUCGCGGUGCCGGACUGGAUCUCGUACUCUAGGGAGAGCACGGAGGCCUACCGCAGCGCGAGCAGGAUGGCGGCCCUCUCGCACGACAAGAUGGUGGCCACGCUCACCAUGUACCUGCCCGACCACGAUGUCAAGGGGUGCGAACUGGUGGUGCGCGAGCUGCGCCGCAUUCAUCAGGAGGAGCUAGAGCACCGCGCGAGGCUGGAGAUGAAAGGGGUACAGGACCCCGCCCUUCAAGGGGUGCCAUUGCCAAGGUUUCGGCUGGGCUAUAUCGACAAGGAUACGGAGGAGUACGACGAGAGGCGCGUGUGCAAGAACUGCAAGCACACCCUCUUCAUGACCGGGGUUGCCUGCCCCUGCAGCGACGUGGACGUGUCCUGCCUGCGCUGCGCGGAGGAGUCGUGCGACUGCCCCGUCGCCGGCAAGUACCUGCUCUCCUGGUGGACGGAGGACGACCUCAACCGCUUCGUGCGGACCGCGGAGACUUACCUCCGGAAGCUCGCGGACGGCCAGGCGAAUGCGGCGGCUAUCGCGUCCUUCAGAGCGAACAUCAACCCCUUCUAA